UCCCCAAUACGCGUAUUACCCCAACGCACACCAAACCCAGUUUCAGUUCCAACCCGAAACCGCUCCGCUUCACCCUCCCGGCGUCAAUCCCGCCGCUCUGGAACCCACCCCGUGAUGGAUUAUUCGGGCUACAACUACCAGCAGCAACCACAACAACAUUCCUAUGGCUACAACCCUUCUCAGAUCCAAAUCCAUCCCUACGAUCAAUCAUAUGCCUACCAACAAUACUACACUUACAAUCCCCAAUAUGCAUAUUUUCCCAAUGCAUAUCAAGCCCAAUUUCAAUUCCAACCUGAAUCCACCCUGCUUCACCCUCUUGGCGUCUACCUCAUUGCUCCCGAAUCCACCCUGCUUCACCCUCCUGGUGUCUACCCCAUUGCUCCUGAACCCACCCUGCUUCACCCUCCUGGCAUCUACCCCGUCGCUCCUGAACCCACCCUGUUUCACCCUCCUGGCGUCUACCCCGUCGCUCCCGAACCCGCCUCGACUGGGCCAUCUCAAUACAGAGGUAGGGGUGGCAGGGGUGGUAGACCAUUUAGAGGGGCUGGUCGUGGUCGAGGCCAUGGUAGGGGACAUGGAAUGGGGGGUGGUAGACACAUACCAUCUCAUUCUUCUGGACCUGCUUUUUCUAAUGUGCCAGCUCGAGUGCAACCACCAGUACCACCACGUAAAGUGUGCUGUGAAAUUUGUAAGGUUGAGUGCAAUAGUCCAGAAAUCUUGGAGCAACAUAAGGUUGGGAGGAAACAUCAGAAGAAUAUGAGGGUGCAUGAAGAAUCGCAAAGGCGCAAUGCUAUAAAUGGACAACAAAGUGAGAAAAUUCCUACCUCUCAAUUGAACUUAACAGACCAACCUAAGGAAGUUCAGGAGUCCGAGAAAAAUGAAUGCCCCACAGAAAAUAUGGGCUCGGGGGUUAUAAUCAAUAGUCACAAGGAGGAAAUGCAGCUGCAGAAUAAUGUAGGAAACAUUUCUGAGGUUCCAGCUGAAGUGCCCGAGGGAAAAACCGAGGAUAACUCUGCUGCAAGAGGCCAAGGAUUGAAGCGGAAGAAGAAAGGAGGAAAAGGAGGUAAAUACAUGAGAACUAAUGAUGGUUCUAAGCCAGUGGAACCUGCACAAACUAUGUCUUUUAGAUGUGAGCUGUGUGAUGUUAAAUGUGAGUCACAAGUUGUUUACCAGAGUCAUGUGGCUGGGAAAAAACACCUAUCAAAACUAAGGCGUGCUUCAUCUGGAGUAGGCCAGCACCAGCAGCAAGCUCUGUCUGGGGCACUCUUAGGGCUUCAAGCAAUUUACCCACCUGACAUCAAUGCUCUGUCUAAUGCAAUUAAUGUUCAAGUCCAACAAGGUGAUAAUGAUCCGCAGGUACUUUUGGCUCAGCUCCUAAUGACCGUACUAUCUCAAGCACAGGUUCCAGCAACGGCACCAGUGACAGGUGGCGUGGUCGCUCAGAUACCAGUACCCACAUCUAUGGCUGGACCGAGUUAUGAACCCCAGUUGUUGCAGACAAAUCCUUCUGGGGAAACAAAAACUGAGCUGCCAGGUUCAAGUGUCGGCACCCAAAUUGAAGGUGGAGGUUCUGAAACUAAACAACAGGUGUGAAGUUUCAGAUAGUGCUGGUGGUGCUGACAUCUGCAGCCAAUUAACCUUCAGAAUAUGAAGCUCCCACCAGUUGGUAGGGCCAAAGAAGAUUUAAUUACUCUCUCUCUUUAGUUUUUUUUUUCACUUUUUUAGGCCCGAAGGGUUGUUCAUUAUAUCUGUUGGUAUUUUCUUUUGUCAGAGGGAGAUUUGAAUACUGUAGGAUUUGCUCAUAUGAAUGUUAGAAUGUGUCAGAAACGCUUUAUGUUACUGCAAUGUGCAAAAUACCUUGUUGGGACCGGAUUAGUGAACAUGAAUAUGUUAGGAUAAUGCAGUUUAACAUUUAAGAAAA